UUUACUGUGACCAGGACCGACCCCCUGCCCCGGAGUAAGGCACGUUUCGAGGCCCUCCUUCGGCGCGCAGAAUGCCCCUGUGCGCCUAAUCCAACGUGACAGACAGCUUGAUGAUCGACCAUGAUUACCGCGAGAGCUUUGACUUAUCCACCGCCCAACUAUCAACGGCGACAGACACCCUACCCUGGACACUCCUCUCUCGCUUGCAUGCAUGCAUCCGGGCUCGAGCGUGCGUCGACGUCUCCAGUGCUGCUGUCUGUCGCUUUGUUGACAUGACAUUUGCUUGCGACCGCUACCUGCCGCCGAACCGGUUUCCUCCCGUCUCCUCGUCUCUCGUCGCCGCUAAUGCGAACGCACAAAACUCGUCAACAUCAGAUGACUUUUCCAAGACCUCACUACUGCAGCAGGCUGGCCCAAUCACAUUCAUUACGCACCCCGCUCACAUAUACAGUACCAUGGUUUUGGUAUUGUAUUGCCGUCGGUUCCAACACCUCUCUCUGCAUUCGACGUCAUAUCAACAACAUCAUAUUCCCCUCCUCUUUCGACAUUCAUCAUUCCCCUUCGUAAUGAACAGGCAAACAAACGGCCAACCUUUUGACCAGUGUUGAUGUCUCCAACAUUGACUUUAUCUGCGGCUCGCCCCACAAAGUGCCCACCGGGGAUGCCACCUCGGCUUGGAGCCAUGGCUGGCCUCUUUUUAAAUUUUUUUUUUUUCAUGACCUUCUUGGGUUGCCAGCGGGUAAAGACGUAAUUUGACCUCCCGGGCACCAAUUUCUCCGACUGGUCCUUAAGGAGGGAGUAGUAGUGGUUGGACCCGACCCCCUGAUCAAAUAGUCGCCGAGUGCAAUCUGCACCGUCUCCGCCUAUAUCCAUCCAACCGAGCAGCAUUGCGAUAAAUGUUUACACCAUUGCCGAAAACAGUCGCAAGGUUUGCUCUCGGUUAACAAAGUCAGCCACCGAUGGCUUA